UAGUUUUAAGAGAUAACAUAUAUAGAGCGUCUAAUUCACAAGAAGCUAGAGAGACCAUUUUUUUAAACACCCCAAAUCAGAAAAAUGAAGGACAUCACCGCCGAGGAAUACGUUGUCGCCGAUGGAAGCAAGGCCUGGAACUCAGGUGGCUCAGGCAGCCACCCUUAUAUCAGGAGGGUCAUGCAAAUCAUCAUUUUCCUUGUUGGGUAUGCUAUGUUAUGGAUGAUUCUAUACAACGACUCUAAUUCUCCCCUUGGAUUGCCUGCCAUCUCACACCACUCAGUUAUUGACUCAUCAAAGAACAAUCAUUCAAAGCUAGAGAAUGUUCUAAGUGAGGCAUCAAUGGAGAAUAAGACAGUGAUAAUCACAGUGAUCAAUGAUGCAUGGGCAAAACCAGGUUCCAUAUUUGAUCUCUUUCUUGAGAGUUUUCACAUUGGAGGGAACCAAACAGAGAAGCUUUUAAAUCACUUGGUGGUAGUGACAUGGGACCAAAAGGCAUAUGUUCGUUGCUUAUCUUUGCACAAACAUUGUUAUCAGAUUGAAACUAACGGUGGAAAUUUCACCAGUGAAGCAAUUUACAUGACCCCAACCUAUCUACACAUGGUGUGGAGAAAAAUUGAAUUUCUUGGAUCCGUCCUUCAAAUGGGAUACAGCUUCGUGUUCACGGAUUGUGAUAUAAUGUGGCUUAGAGAUCCCUUUAGACAUUUUUACAAAGAUGGCGAUUUCCAAAUUUCUUGUGAUGAGUUCAAUGGCAACUCCUCUGACAUCCGGAACUCACCAAAUUCAGGUUUUAGCUAUGUCAAAUCUAAUGAACGAACUGUUUGGUUCUACAAGUUCUGGUUCAACUCUAGCGAAGCAAAUUUGAAAACUCAAGAUGUUCUCAAUAAGAUCAAACUGGAUCCUCUUGUUUCAAAGAAGAAGUUGAAGUUUAGGUUCCUCAGUACACACUAUUUUGGAGGGUUUUGUGAGCCUAGCAGGGAUUUUAAGAAGGUCACAACAAUGCAUGCCAAUUGUUGUGUAGGUUUACAAACCAAAAUCAAUGAUCUUAGGCUUUUGCUGGAUGAUUGGAGAAAGUAUAUGACAUUAUCUGAAGAUGAGAAAAAUAUAUCCCACCCUUCCUGGAGCGUACCACAAAAUUGCAGGACAUCCUUUCAACGUUACGGAAUUAGGAGUAAACUGACUAAAUUGGUCACCGCUAAAGGGUAUUUUACCAGGUCGGCUGUUGGAAAAAAGCCUACACCCACACAAUUUAAAGAGAAAAAGGAACGUAAGGUGAAAACUACAAACAUAGAUACUGUGAGCAGAGCCAAGGACACUUUGCAGGUUGCCCAAUAGUUGUUUCUUGAUGCACCCUAUGAUUUUUUGUUUUCUGCGAUGUAUUUGAGUGUUUUGCACCCCUUUCACAAACUCCAAUGUGCAUUGUUUUAAUGUAUUUAAUUGAUCAUUUAUGGCUGAA